GAGGCGAGGGGGGAAGAGCAGGUUAGGGUUUCACCAUCCAUGGCUGCGCGUGCUGCUCCACGUUGCGACUGCUGCCCUCUCUGAAUUCCCACACCCUUUGCCGGCCAUAAGAGCCGCAGAGCGGCGCUUGGCCGAUUGAAUCUAUCGUAUUUGGCUGUGUUUCCCUGCAGCGCAUCGCUAGUGGGCACCGGGUCGGGCCGUUGGUGCGCUGCUGAAGUACCUUGUCUCGUGUGCGGACGUUUCGUUCAUUCUCUCUCGUUGCUCUCCUCUCUUUUUUUUUUUCUCUUUCACGUUCCGCGCUCCAACCUCUCCGCUCAUCUCGCGACCAUUCGCGAUGUCCUGGUUACUGAAUUCGCUCGUCGGCAGUCCGCGAGCCGACGACGACGACGACGACGACGACGUUGACGAGGAGACCGACGACAACCUUCUCCCCCCCGCGGGCUCCUCCGGCCUCCCCGACAGCCCCGACAGCGCCGCGCGGGAGGCGGCGGCGGCGGGGGUGCGCGACGACCUGACGGAGCUGCAGCAGUCGCUGUCCAAGCACUGGCGCGGCGUCGCCUCCUUCCUCACCGGCGAGCCCCGCCGGCCGCCCUCCGCCCCCCACCGCCACGCGCCCCCCCCGCCAUCCGCGCUAGACCAACCCCCCCCCUCCGCCUUCGCGGGCGAGGCGGCGUCGUUGGAGCCGGCUGCGCCGCAGUCGGCGGAGGAGACCGCAGGGGCGGCGGGGCUGUCCCGCGACGAGGUGCGCGCGCUGCGGUGGCGGCAGGAGUUGUCGCGGCAGGCGGGGAAAGACGCGGACAAGGGGAAGGGCAAAGCCGCCGCCGCUGCUCCGCCGCUUGGCCGCGCGGGCGAUGCCGCGGGAAGAUCUUCCGCCGGAGGAGCGGAAGGCGCGGGGGAGGGGGACGCGGAAGGGGAGGAGUCGGAGGAGGAUGCGAGCGCGCGGCACGCGCGGCUGUCGGGCGUGCGCGAGGACCUGGCGGAGCUGUCGCAGCGCGUGAAGCGCGGGCUGACUUCCGUCAUCCGCGUCGUCACGGGCGACGACGCCGCUAAGGCCGCCGGCAAGGGCGCGAGGGCUGGCGGACGAGGCAAGGCGACGCGGGGCGACGGAGACGACAGCGAGCAAGCGGCGGGGGAGGGGGAGGAGACGGCGGAGGAGGAAGGGGAAGACGAGGAGGAGGAGGAGGUGGAAGAAGAAGACGAGGAGGGCGAGGAGGAGGAGUGGUCGGAGGGCGCGGGCGAGACGCUGCUGGAGGCGGCGCAGGAGGACAUCAAGGCCAUCUCCACGUCGCUCGCCACCGGCAUCACGGGCGUCGGCCGCCUCGCCUCGCGCCUCUUCGCCGCCACCGACGCGCACCUCGGCCGCGCGGAGGGCUCCGACGGCGCAGGCGGAGAGUACGCGGAGGGCGCGGAGAUGGGGGAAGCGUUCUCGGAGGCGGAGGAGGCGGUGGGCGUGACGGCGGACGUGGUGCAGUUCGCGGCGAACCUGGCGGGGCACCCCGAGACGUGGAUCGAGUUCCCGCUGCCCGAGGAGGACGACGACGACCAAGACUUCGAGGUGGUGGGCGAGCAGGAGGAGCACAUAGAGGCGGUGGAGGCGCGCGUGCCGCGGCUGGUGGCGCUGCGCAUGGAGCUCACCCCGCAGCACCUCAGCGAGCGCCGCUUCUGGAAGAUCUACUUCGUGCUGCUGCACUCCCGCGUCCCACCCGCCACUGCUGCCCGCCUCUCCACUCCCCCGAUCCUGAGAGCCAGGGACCAGGUACUGGCGGCGCUACGCCAGCAGACAGCAGCAAGCGCGGCUGGGGACUCGCCUUCCCCUUCCCCUUCCCCUUCCGCUGACGCCGGUACCCCCGCUGCUGCUGCUGCCAUUGCAGCAGGCACAAUAGGCGGGGAGGCUGCUCCUGCUGCUGCUGCUGGUACUGGCGGUGGAGAAGGUGCAGAGGGGGGCAAGGCAGGGGGUGCCGUGCGACAGGGAGGAGAGGAGGGGAAGAAGGGAGGGGGUGAGGCGGCAGGCAGCAGUGCUGCCGAGGCAGCGGCAGGGAGCAGGGAUGAGGACGCGGACGAUGAUUGGCUGGAGGAGGAGAGUGGGGGGGUGCUGGGGGGGGGUGGUGGGGCAGUGGGAGGAGGGGCAGGAGCGGUGGAUGAUGGGGAGGACGUGUCGUUCAGUGACCUGGAGGACGAGGACGACGAGGAGGGGGAUAAGGCGAAGGCAGGGGGUGGGGGAGUGGGAGAGGGGAGGAGCAGCGGUGCAGGGGAGAGCGGGGAGGGAGCAAAAGCAGGUGCAGCAGAGGACGGUGGCGAUGAUCUAGAUGAUGAUCUGGACGGUGAGGAUGGCGAUGAGGGGGCGAGUGCGGCUGCCACUGAAGGUCAGGGGGCGGGCACAGAUGGCAGCAGUGGUGCGGAGGGCGCACAGGCACAAGGCCCUUCAGGGGCAGCAGCGGCUGCUGGAGCCGAGGCUGAGGCUGCUGAUGCUGCUGAGGCUGGUGGGGGGGCAGGUGAGAAAGGCCGUGCAGCAGAGGCAGGUGCGAGUAGGGGAGGAGCAGGGGAGGAGGCGAGGAAGGAGGAGUCUAAGGAAGGGGCUAAGGAGGGGUCGCCUGGGGAUGGUGAGGGGGCGGAGUGGGUGGAUGUGCAGGGCAAGGGCAGUAGCAGCGGCACUGGCAGCGGCAGUGGCAGCGGGUCGGAUAAGACGGACUGGCUGACCGUGGGCGAGGAGGACAUCGCCUGAUGCCGCUGCUCAUGCUGCGCCAAGCACGGUGAUGCAUGAAAGCUAGCUUUCCCGUGCCCACCAAUCCGGCCUCUCAGGAAUACCGUCCUUUAGACCUUGGUUGUAUAUAAUGACGAUUGUUGCAGCUGUCAUGUCACCAGUUCGUUGCACAACUGUUCAGAAAUUGCUGUUGGGUUUGUUAGCAGUAUGCCGUCUAAUGCUAUGAUGCACUCACAAGAUGUGUUCUGUAAUGUGAUGUUUGUGGUGUCGUACUGUAUGUGGUAUGUGAAGAACUGCAAAAAAGGGCAGACUGAGGGGGGGAAAGGCCCAGGCUACUGCCA